GCAAAGAAUUCAUCUUGUUUUUAAGAUAUAAAAAAUGGAUAAAAAUACAAGUAUACCGCAAGAUUAUUCACAAGACGAUCUUGUUGAAUUGCUACGACAAUACUACAAACGGUUAUUUCCAUGUAAACUGUACCACAGAUGGUUAGCUUAUGGCGGAGUGUCGAAGAACUAUUUUGGUAAUCGUGAGUUUUCUUUCACCCUGAAAGAUGAUGUUUAUAUACGAUACCUUUCAUUUGCUGAUGUAAGUGAAUUUGAAAAAGAACUAAUAAAGAGAAUACCAUAUAAAAUUGACAUUGGAGCUGUUUACAAUUACAAGCCAAAAGAUCACAAAACGCUGCAAGCUGGAACAUUUAAACCGAUGGAGAAAGAAUUAGUGUUUGAUAUCGACAUGACUGAUUAUGAUGAAGUCAGAACUUGUUGCAGUGGUGCGUCGAUCUGUAGAAAGUGUUGGAUGUUUAUGACUGCCGCGUUGAAGAUUCUCGAUGCUGCUCUCGAAGAGGAUUUCGGCUUUAAAUACCGUCUGUGGGUGUACAGUGGUCGACGUGGUAUUCAUUGUUGGGUGGCAGACAGUGCAGCACGCAAGUUGACACAAGCUGGUCGCUCAGCUGUUGUGGAAUAUCUUAGUGUUAUCAAGGGUAGCGAUUCACAAGUAAAAAAAGUUUAUUUCAAAGGUUCAAAUUUGCACCCUUCACUGGCACGCGCCAACAAAAUUGUGAAGGAAUUCUUUUGCAAGUACUACCUAACAGAACAAAACAUAUUAGACAAAGAAGAGCAGGAAAAAAUCAUGCUGAAAUUAAUACCCGAUGAAACAACUCGGCAGAAAGUGGAAAAGGCGUGGAAAGAUGGCAACUUCAGCACUAAAGAAAAGUGGGAUAUCCUCGAAAACAACGUAAACGCUAAAAUGACACUGAAACACGUUUUGGAAGAAAUUAUGUUUCAGUAUGUUUACCCCCGUCUUGACAUCAAUGUCAGUAAAGGAUUGAAUCAUUUAUUAAAAAGUCCUUUCUGCGUCCAUCCGAAAACUGGUCGAGUGUGUGUACCAAUCGAUCCAAAGCAAGCAGAUGAGUUUGACCCUAUGAGUGUACCCACAUUGAGUCAACUGUUUCAAGAAUUAGAUGCUGCUAAAGAAGCAGCUGAUGGAAACGAGGCUGAUAUGAAGCAAAAAAAAAGAUUAUAUGAAGACAUCGCUAAAGCAUGGCAUAAAAAUUUUUCAGAAGUUUAUAACCGAUAUUGAAGAGAAAAAUAAAGAAAAUAGAAGAAGUGUCAAUGAACAGAAAGCUCAAACGGGAGAUUGGUGAAAAAUUUGUCGAAAUAACCGUGUAAAGAACAUUUUGGAUCGUUCAGAACUUGUUUCGCUUAUGUUUUAACUGGAUGAGUAACGCGUUAUGGGUAUAGUUUUCAAGUGACAACUUGAUAUCAUUGACUAAAGAUUUUAUUCCGAAUAGUAAUAAUUUGUUCGGCGAGCGGAACACUGUAACAUUUUUAUAGUGGUAUGUGUACGCUGUAAAAAUCAUCGCUAAUUUUCAGGAAAGACAUUUUAGUUGUAAGAGAAUUUAAGAAAAUUUAAUUUUGCGGACGGAGAGUAAAAUUAA